GUAUAUGAAUGUAAUUGUGAUUCUAGGCAUACCUCGCGCUCCUUUUAUAGUAGUCGAAUAUACCUAGUAGAGUUGUAUUAGGCAGGUGAAUCCUACUUUGUAGGGAUUCGGCCGUAUCGUAGGGAUUCUCCUGAUUUGUCGAGAUCUACCUUAAUCUGAUAAGAGUCCUAUUUAGGAACGUCUUCCUAAAUAGUCUUAUCUUCCUAAAGUAGAGCUUAUCCUUCCAUAUGUAGUGUUUGUGUCCAAAUAGGACAAUAUUUCCAUAUUCAGUCGUUUACCCGAAUCCCGGACCUGACGCGCUCUUGGCGGAUCAUGUGGGAUUCGGUCUUUAUUAGAGUAUUACCGAAUCUUAGAGAUUCGGCAUCUCCUCCGUAUCUUUCGGUCUUCAGGGGGAGUCCGGCGUCGCCUGAGAGUGGAUCCCCUGCAACUCGGCUCCAUUAUACUUUUUGUAGGAUUCGGUAUCCAUCAUUAGCCCCCCCGCAAGUGAGCUGAAGUAGUUUGGCAUUUAUGCCUUAGUGGAUUUUAGCUCUUUUGGAGCUGAGUUCUUUUAUACGGGCGAGUCGUUUCGUAUUCCGGGCGAGUCGUUUCAUAUGUUUGUGGGCGGCGUUUCAUCUUUAGUAAGAUUCUGCGUUGCCACGUGUUGGCAUUUAAUGAUUAAACGGUUAAUGAUUCAAAAGCGUUUUGUAUUUAAUCUCUUCGCAUUUCUUCUUUUCCCUCUUACUUUGCUUUUCGAAUUUACUCUCAUUUCUUGUAGCUAUUUCCUUUUCGUUCUUCGUUUGAUUAUUUGAUUCUUCGUGACUUGUUUUCUCCAGAUUUUUCAGGUAUGUCUUCUUUCGUUGUUUGGAUGUUAAUAUGGCUUUCUUCUUUGUAUAUUCUCCAUGCUUUGUGUUCUGGAAAUUUCUUCUGUACUUGUUGUUCUUUGAUGUGUUCUUCAACGUGUUCUUCAAUAUAUUUUUUGUUUGAUCCUUAUUUUGUGUUUAUGUUUGUGAUUCCCUGUUCUAGGAUGCCUCUUAGUCGAGUGGAAGAUGCUUGCGCUGCUAUGGCUUUUACCCGAUCGAAGCUUCGUAGGGAUGAAGUCUUAGAUAUCUAUUUUAAGUAUAGUUUUCCUUUUGAUUAUAGGGUAAUAUUACCCGGUGCCGAUAUGGCUGCGUCUGAUUCUCCCGGAUCUUCUUGUAGGGCGGUUCUUUUUGAAGAGCAAUUUGCUGCUGGUCUUAGGUUUCCUUUGGAUCCAUUUUUAGUAGAAGUGUGUAGGGAUUUAAAGGUUGCUCUAGGGCAACUUUACCCUGGUACGAUUAGAGUAGUGCUCGCCUUUUCGGAGGCAUGUAGGCUCCGGGGCUGUGCCCCUUCUCUCAAAGUGUUAUAUCAUUUUGUAGAUUUUAGGAAGUGUGAUGGCUGCUUCGUUUUCGCCCUUGGUAGAGAAGGGCGAUCUCGUAUUUAUCUUCCUUGCCUAACCAGUCGCUGGCGAAGGCGUUUCUUUAUUGUCUAUCAUAAAUUUGCUUUUCUUCAUUUUUCGGAUGGUUUUUCUUCUCAUCCAGUUCGGAGCUGUUCUUCUCCUUUAAGUUUAUCCGAGUCAAAACUUGCUUUUGACAUAUCUUCUUGUAGUAUUGUGUCUCGUCCCAUUUUAGAUGUCUUGGUUAAUAGUCAUCUUCGGAGUCGAUGGUUUCCUUUGGAGGAUCCUCCUCGAGGCUUGGCGGAUCUUUGCUACUCUUUUGUUCAAGAUUUGGACGUUCCGAUGGGUGGUCCUGACGUUCCUGUCGCCAACGUUAUUCCUGGCGACAUUGUCGUGGAUGGAGCUCCUGUUGAUAUCCCCCUAGCUUCCGCCGAGGUAGCGUUGCCUGAGGUUAUUGUUAUAAAUGAUGAUGAUGGUGAUGACUCGGCUGUUCCAGUCGGCGACGAGGCGAUUCCGUCACUACUUCCCCCUCUAGCAUCAUCUAUCGUUUCGGGGGGAGUUGGGGGUGUGGCCUCAGAGGGGCCUGUUGUUGCUGAUUCGGGAGAGAUUUCUCUAGGUCGAGACCCGGAUUCUCCGUCUAGAAAAAGACGUCGAGUUGUCGAUGAUUCUCCAACGAGGGAGAGUUUUCCUGGAAGCUCUUCUUCUGCUCCAGACUUGGUUCAAUGGGUCGAAGGUCAGGAUCCUGCCAGUUUGCUGAAUCCGAGAGUGCUAGCGGAAUAUAUCCGGACUUUGGCGAUUCCUGAUGAUGUCACGUGGUUCUGUGGUAGGCCGGGUCAGGAGCUUUCCGAUCUGGCUUGUUUUCAUGGUUUCUCUGCCCUUCAAUCUGUUCUGGUAUUGAACGACCGCCGACAGUGUGCCGAGGAGGAGGUCGAGCGUCUGUCUGCUCUUUUGGCGACUGCCGAGUCUGAAAGGGCGAAAUUGAAGGCCUCUUUGGAAGAGCAUGAUUCCCUUCUGGCGCAGCUCAAGGCGCAGGAUGCGAUUAAUGAUCGCCAAGUGAAAGUGAUUGAGAAAAAGACCGAUGACUUGACUCAAGAGAUUGAGGAGCUCAUUCGGAUCAAUUCCCUUGUUGGUGGGGAGAGGGAUAGUCUUAGAUCGGAGGUUGAAGGUCUUCACAUCCGUCUGCUAGAUACGAAGGCUUUUUACUCUGCUCUGAUAAGCGAGUAUCGCCUUGCGAUUGGGAAGAAGCUUCUGGAGCAGAAUCCCAAUAUUGAUCUUUCUGGGGUUAACGGGUUGGAUCCCCAGGCCAUCGCCCGUGAUCUCCUCGUCAAGAUUUCUAAAGACCGUGUCUAGUAGUUUUCUUUUGAUUGUAUUUGCUGAUGUAUUAAUUUUGCUUUUUGUAAUUCGCAAUUUAUGAAUAUAUUUUCUUCGUUUUUCUUCGAAA